CAUAUAAUUCACAAUUCGAAAUUAUUAUAAAAUAAUAAUUUCAACAACGUGACGAUUUGAUUUUGUUUUGCCAUUGUAUUGGUUGCAAUGAGACACACCAGAGCAGCAGCAGCAGCAGCAGCAGCAGCAGCAGGCAACUACUGACAACAUAAUUAGUUCACAAUUUACUCGCAGCUUUCAUUUCUAUUCGACAUUUUUUCACCAUUUGAAAUUUCAACAUUAGACGUACGAGACAAAUUUAUGUAUCUACUAAAUAUGCGCAAUAAAUGAUUUGUGAUCAAUGUGAUAUAGUGUCUCUACUCAUUGUAUAAUCAACAAGAAUCAAUUUGAAUAAGUGGCAGCACGUGCAAGCAAGCACGCUACUGCGCUGGAAAAUAACCGUUUUGCUUUACUUACUUGGCCCGCCUUCAAAUUAAGUGAGAUGGAGAAUAUAUGCUUGUCAACAGGUUUGAACGUGUUGUAACUUGUCUCAAAGGUGCAAAAUUUUGUCAAUUUCCUUUCAAGGAAAAAGUCAUAAAAUCAAAAACUAUAUCAGGUUCGAGGAAAAACAAAAGGAAUUUUUUAUUUUUUGCUCUGUCAAGCGGUAUUUCGACGUUGGUUAUCCAAAAAAAAGUUGUAAUGAAAGGAAAUUUGAAGAAUAAUAAAUGAAAAAAUGGAGAUUUCAUUGCUCAUUACUUUGGCAUUAACAUGCGUCGAGGCUUCUUCAAUUUUAAAUUGGAUGUGGAGUAAAUCCCCAGAGGAACCUGACGUUUCAAUUGCUAAUGGCGUCCCCGGCGUCCCCCUGAUAGCCAUCCCCUAUGAAUCAAUGACAGACGAUGAGAAAUUCCUUCAAGAAGCAGCAAAAUUUACAGACAUUCAGGUCUCAUCACCUCUCCAACUUUGUCAGCACAAAGUCAUUAUGAGAAUACAAAGUUCCUGCAGCAAGCUUAGUGAAGAAGAGCUCGCGAAGCUCAGUGUCAACCUGUUAAAUUGUCAGUCUGCUGUAGAGGGCAGAAAGAUGUUUCCUUGCAGUGAAAAAAUGUCCCUCAAACAAUGUACAAUCGAUAUGGAUGCAGAUAUGUGGAAUGCUUACCACUUGAUGAGCAACAGAGCACGAGCUGUUUGUUAUGCAGCACGUAAUAUUCAGUUCCGAGCACUCACUGAAUUGACUGUCAAUAAACUUAUGCACACUACACGUUCGCAAAUUGAAGCCCUCGGUUCUCUGAAGGACAGUUACGAGCGAUUAGAAACACAUACUAUUGACGCAUUGUCAUCAUUAUCAAAGGGCAAUAGAAUCCUUUUAGAGCAACAAAAGCACCUUGAGGAUUCUCAGUCAACAUCUCACAGAUUAGUGGCAAAUAAUCUUCGACAAUUGACAAACGAGAAGUAUUUGAUUCGUAGCGGACACACUCUCUUGGCCUCCAUGACGGAAGACAUUCGAACACGUCUGGAAAAAGCCAAUCAAGAUCUCAUGACUCAAGCUUCAGAGCGUCAAGAGAAUCAUCAGGAACUUCUCAAGGACUUGAUGGAUAUUCAAAAAAAGUCUCAAUUAAUUUGGGAGAAAAUCGAAGAGAGUACGAAACGUAUAGUAGAGCAAAAUGCUGAUGCUGUAGUACAGUACGAAUUGAUAUUUGAAAAAUUGGAAAAAAUAAAUAAUACUAUUCAUUUCAUAUGGAAUGUGACUGAAUCGAUGCGCCAGGAAAUUGACGAAAAAUUGGGAUGGAUUACUGAUUACAUUGGCAAUACAGGCGAACAAUUACAGAGGAUCUAUCGUAUCUCAUUGCAUAUUAUUUAUUUGCUAGCAGCAAUGAUAGUCGCUGCUUUUCUCAAUGCUCCAUUUUUGACAAGAGCUACAAUUAUGGGGUUUAUUCCACUGAAUUUAAUUACUUUUUUAAAACACGGAAUGAACGCCUGCCUUGACUUCACAUCCAUUACUGUUUUAAUUUUCUUCAUUACAGCAAUGCAUUAUGUGAUGCUUGGAAUUCAGCAGUUACUCGUGGCUGAUGUUAAAAUGAUUAAUUCGAAAAAGCACAGUGCCCCACAACGUGCAUCAACACCUGCACCUGGAAUAGUUCCAAACAUAAGCUAUACAGCUCGAUUGAUGAAAAAUAUCAAUGGUUUAUUUGAUAUUUUUACUCAACAGCUCAUUCAUUUGAAAGAAAAAAUUGGACUUGUACUCCAGUCUGCAUCCUCCUGGUGCUGUACAAAUACAACACCAGUUGAAGAACUUUCAUGUUCAUAUAUACCCUCAAAGUUACAUCGUGAGGAUCGUGUAAUGGACUACAACAGGGGGGAAGAUUCGAGUAUUUUGUCUGACGAUGUAAAUCAUUCGCAUUUACAUAUUAAUCAAUUCAAUGAUACUGAUGAUUUACAAGAUGCAAAUGAAUUGAGACGCCGUAUUCUCAGCAAAUCGUCAACCAGUAAUUACAGUGUUAGUCCGUCUAGAAGUGUUACGCCUAAUUCUGCGACCUCGCCACGGACGCUCUGUUGGGCUUUGACAAAGACGGGUGCCAAGUGUCGUUCUCGUGCACAACCAGGCCGAUAUUUUUGCGGCCGCCACAGUGAUGGCUCAUCCAUCUUGGGUGAUUAAACCACCCUCACGUAAUGAGUUUUUUAUUUCUCAUAAUUCUUUACUCUUAUGGCUGGGCCAAAGUGACAUAAAGUGACCAGACCAUUGAAAUGGUUCGAACCCCUUCUUAUUAUUAAUUUAUUAAAUAAAAAUUAUCCACUCCCUUUUUGUUGCUAUACUUUUUUAAGUGACAUGAACAAUUUCUUAUCUUAUCUGAUCUUAUCUUAUCUUUUGUCUCAAUUUGUAACUGUAAUGUUGUGAAAAUCAGAAAGUUUCCCAAUUUUUA